AUGACUAACGACACCCCGACUAGUACUACUACUGCUGCUGUUGGCGGCAGCAGCAGCGGCACGAUCGAUGACGACACCGUUGGAAGCCCCCCCACGAGCUCAGGGCAGGCCACCACGAUACACAUCCCCCGGUCUAUAGCCCAUUCUGAGGUAGCUGUGACCAGGCACAAGAGGUUGCAGAAGACUAAGCUGUGUAAAUAUGGCGAGGACUGCGCGUACCGAGCUAUAGGCCGCUGCUUCUACGCACAUUCUAUUGAAGAGGUCCAACCUCGACCACCCAAGACGGAGGAGGAGAUCGCUGCGGAGCAGGCGGAGACUAUCCGUAACAUCGCCAUGCAGGAACAAGCUGCUGCUAUGUUGGCUACCAACCCCUGGUGCAAUCCUCAGAUCGCUGCUACACUUGCGGCUACUAUGGGUGGUGGUGGUGGUGGCCUCCCUGGUAUGCCCGGGCCGUAUGGUGCCACGGCCUAUUGGGCAGCUCUACUCGCCCAAGCUGCGACUGCUGGCGACCUUGCUAGAGCUGCUGGUGCGGCGACGCUCCCGAGUCCUCAGCUUAUGGCCCCGGAUGUGAUGGCUGCUACUAUGGACUCGGGAUUGAUCCCGGGCCUUAGUGGGUUGCCCGUAGCAGGUUCACUUGACUUCGCCCUACUGGGCUUGCAGGGUGGGGAAGGUCUGUUCCCGCCUCCUGUUGGUGGUAAUGCUCCUCCUCCUAUGAUCAACAACAACAACACCCCGAGCACGCUCCUGCUCACUAAGCCCCCAGGGUUGGCUCGUCCUGGCGAGACCCCAGAUGCCUCGUCGAAGGCCCCCUCGGUAGACGGCCUUGAUGUCGAUACGAGGAGUGGCAAUAAUAAUCAUGAUGGGCUAGAGACCCGAAGCGUCUUUGGCGGCACUAGAGACCUGUCAAGCCUAGGGGUCAUCGGCAUGACCAACGUGUCUAAGUCGAACUAG